AUGUCAAUUUUGGAUGAAUAUGAUAAAAAUUUAACAAGUCUUGCGUAUAUAACAUCGUUAGCUGAAUUUCAAACACAUUUACAUUUGAAUGAUUCAAGUAAAAGAAGUACAACGGAUAAAUAUUAUGAACUUUAUCGUUCUUGUCUGAAAACAGUAGCUAUUGUUGCACGACAUUUUCAAUUUUUAAUAAAUAAUAACCAUACUUCAUUACGUUGGUUAUUAUUACGUACACAAGCUAUUGGUGAAGCUGGAGAAAAUAAUACUGUUAUUAAACUUGAAGUACAAAAAUUACGAUCUCGUAUGAAAGAAAUUUAUCAUCGAAAAUUUAUUUGGAAUAAUACACAAUUAAGCAUUGAUGAAGUACAAGAAGUACUUGGUAAACUUGAAUCACCCAAUGAUCUUCUUUCAUUAUGGAAUGCAACUUAUGAAGGCGCUAUACCUAUGCGAGAUUAUUAUUCAACAUUAAUUGCUACACAAAAUCAACAGGCCAAACAGAACCGUUUAACUGAUAAAACUGAUUCAACAACAAAUAAUGAAGAACGUCGUAUCGUUGAACAAUUAUGGCAAGAAUUGAAACCACUACAUCGUUUAUUACAUGCUUAUAUAAGACAGCAAAUGAGCAAACUAUAUCCUGAACUUAUUCAACUUGAUCAACCUAUACCAGUUCAUUUAACAAAAGACAUAUUUGGUUCAAUGAUGACUUAUCUUGUAAAAGAUAUUCUACCGUUUCCUCAUCUUAAAGGAAUUGAUUUUGGUCCAGCAAUGAAACAAAAAAAUUUUACUGAAGAAAAAAUCUUUCAUUAUGCUGAUAGAUUUUUUGUUUCAUUAAAUUUAACACAAGUUCCAAAUAAUUUCUGGAAUUUAUCAAUAUUUAAGAAAAUUCCUGGUCGUCAUAUGGCUUGUCAUCCUACUGCUUUUGAUAUGUAUAAAUAUGAUGAUGUUAGGUUUCAUCGUUCACCACAUGGUGCAUUUAGUGAAGCUAUUGGUGAUGCAAUUGCAUUAACUAAAAUGUCACCAACACAUUUAAAACGUAUUGGUUUAUUGGAAAAUUAUAGUGGAUGUGACAAAACAAUAUUACUUGAACUUGGUUCGUCAAAACCUUGGGAAGAUAUAUUAGAAGAAUUUGCUGGUGUAAGAACAUUUUCUGCUAAAUCAUGUUUACGAUAUUUUAAGCCACUUCAAGAUUAUCUUGCAGAAUUAGUUGAACAAGGUCAAUUGAAAGUUGGAUGGACAUGUAAUAAUAAGAGUACUUCAAUAAGAGAAGAAUUAUUUCGAAGAAAUUUUUUAUUAUUUAUAUUUAUGAAUUUUAUUUUGUCGUUUAGUUUUUUUUAUUUGUAA